AUGAAUGAAUAAAAAUAAACUAUUUAGCAAGAAAAGAAGAAAGAUAAUCCAAUUUUCGAAUUGGAAUGUUCUAUACCAUAAAUCUCUCAGCAAAGCUCGAUGAAGAGCAUUACAUUAAUAAAAAGCAUAACUAACAUAAUACCUGAUUUGAGUUAUACUUCAUCUAGGAGCAAAAUAAAACUAAGUAGCUAAUAGUCUUUAUCUGAAAUGAGCCCAAUAGAAAGAAUGAACUAUUACACAUCAAGACUAGAAAAUAAAAGGUAGCAAUAUGAAAACGAAGUUAAGCAGAAUAUUUAGAAAAUAAAGAUAAUAAGAAUGAAAGAAGAGAAGCUAAAAAUAAAAAAUCAACAAAGUCCAAACGUAAAGCAUGAAAAAUCAUUUGUUAUAAGAAAGUCUCCAGAUGAAUUUGAUAAAUAAAAGUUUCUUCCUUAGCCUUAAGAGAUUCAAAAGCUGAAUGCCUUAUAAUACAAGAAGGAAUUUAUUAGAAUUAAGCAACAUCCGGUGAAUUAAAAGUCAAAAGAAUUAAUAUAAAAAGAAAAAGAACUACAAGAUCUACUCAACAAGGAGAAGGGUUGGAGAACUCCUAGAAGCCGUCUAGAGCUUUUCAACGAAAACGCGAAAUCUUGUAGUCCUUCUCCACUAUCAAGGCAUUCUAUGCUAAAUAGUUCCUAUUAAAAUACAAGUCCAUCUUCUUAAAGAAGAGGAAGCAAUCCUACAUCAUAAUAAGGCUCUUUUUAAGGAGGCAGACCACUAACCCCAAGCUCUUAAAAGAUACUAAGAGGAUCUCUUAAAUUUCAAUAAAUCUUAAUUGAUUAAAAAUAAAAGGAUAGCAAUAGUAUUAUUAAAUCAAUUUUAAAGUCAAAUAAAAAUAAAGAAACUAACAAAGACCAUCAAUAGACAACUUAAGAAAUCUCUUCUAUUCAAAUUGAUUAAAACUAAAGUUAAUUAAUCAAAAGAGUUAAUUUUCUUAAUAGCGAAAAAGAAGCACCUAUCCUUUUAUUUUGA